AAAAACACUUUAUGAAUGAAAAAUAGUGAUAAUAUAAUGGGUAAUUAGGUGGUCUAACUGGUUGAAAGAUCAAGUCUAACUAGUUGGGGGAAAAAAAAUCAAAAUAAGAUAAAUAUGAAUAGUCACGAUAAAAAUUUGAGAUAAAAUGUACCAAGAAUUUGUGUGACGGGACAAGACUGAUCAAAAGUAGAUAUCUAUGCUCUCCUCCCCGCUACUGCGAUUCAGCUAAUAUUUGUCUCAUCAUGCUUCACGGGUUAGGUCGAGUGAUUUACUAUUGUGGGCUAAAACUUAUCUGGCUUAUUGGAUACGAGAAGCCCGGCCCAAAUAACGACCGAGCGGGAAGCCCGGUUUGAGUUUUGACUGUAGCCGAGAAAAUUUUGGAAAACCCGGCAAAAAUUUCUCGAACCACCAUUUUCCCCCAACUUCCCUUUUUCACCUGCUUGCUCCCAAGCUUUUCUCUCUCUGCAGCUCUGGCCAUCCGCCAUGAGAUGGGAUAUGGAGGUCGAAGAAAUCGAAGCCGUCCUCGAGAAGAUUUGGGAUCUCCACGACAAGCUCAGCGACGCCAUCCACACCAUCUCCCGAGCUCACUUCCUCAACUCCAUUAAGAACCUCCGGCGGCCCGACGCCAAGAAGAAGCUCUUCGGCGACGCCGUCGAGGACAGCAGGGGAGCUGGCGGCGGAGGAGGAAGUGGAGGGUACGUCUUUGUCAAGGAGCUCCGCGUCGACGAUAACGAGUCUUCGAUUCGAGAGGCUAAGAGCCUCAACGCCAUUAGGGCCGCGCUCGAGAACCUCGGGGAGCAGCUGGAGUUCUUCCAUACCGUGCAAAUGCAACAACGGGCAGAGAGAGAUGCAGCGAUAGCGCGACUUGAACAAAGCAGGAUUGCUCUGUCACUGAGAUUGGCCGAACACCAUGGCAAGAAGUACAAUGUCAUCGAAGAAGCUCUGAGCUUCAUUGGCGAUGUACACGAUGCAAAACGCUUCGUCUCCCCCGACAACCUGUACGCAACUCCUGAAAGUCCAGGCGGCGAGAAGGACCUCACCAACCUCCGACGAAAGACAUCGAAUGUCCUGGUAAACGUCCUUCUAUCCAGUUUCGAUUUCGCCAAGAGGUUGCUUCGACUGGAUAAUGCCGGUGGUGUGCUAGGAAAUGCUGCAUUGUUUGCCGUGAGCAUGCUUGCAUUGCUUCACAUGCAGCAGCAGCAGCUGCAAGUAGCAGCGUCGAAAGGUGAUGCUUAUAGUAAACAAGCACAACACUUUCUUAGGAAGAAAGCAUCUGAGAAACAAGGGUCAUCUUCCGAAUUGAAUGUGAUGUUGGCAAGGGGUUGAAGGCUGCAAUUGGUAGCUGUUCUGAAUAAAUGGCUGAUGUUUUCGGGGGUUGCCGGAUCGAGAUGUUUGAUUGAUUCCUAGAAUAGAUGCAAGAGUGAAGAGUUAACACACAAGUUGUUUGGGCUGCCCUACUUUUAAGAUAAGUUCAUGAGUGAUUUAGGGUUCUUGUUGCUAAGUUUUAACCCUCCCUGAGGAAUCUUGUUUGUGUAUAUAUAGAACAGUAUCCCACUUGCUAACAAGCUUUUCUUGUGCUUUGUCUUUACGUGUGUGCCAAGUUUUGUGCGAUUCCUGGCCUUUCUAUUUGGUGCAAGAAUGUGUGGAAGGUGGACAUUUGGGGUCCGCUUUUGAAUGUUGAUUUAUUGAGUGCCAUUUGAUGUAAACAAGAGUUGGUUUGGCGGUUUGGUUGAAGUGAAAUCUUCGAGUCGUUUUCAGUGAAAGGGAUUUGUUUAAUUGGGCUUUUUUGUUUUGAGUUUUGGAGGGCCGCAAUGUUAUGAGUCUUAUCACAGUGCUGGGCUGAGUGUGCUUAACAUGACCCUAGGCUGGCCACAAAGGCCCAUAUAAAGUAAACCUUGCGGUUCAUGAUUCUGCUCCUAAAUCCAUGAAUUUUUAGCCUUCUUGUUAGAUUUCAAAGGAGAGGAAUGCAUUGGUCCGUCAAGCUCCGUUUUUAUCGCUCCGAAUAUUGCUGUGGUUUGACUUCAUUUCAUAGUUAGUGAGUGUCGAUUGUCGAAUAAUAGUUUGUAAGACGAAAAAUAAAAAGGAGAUAAAUGCUUUUAAGAAGCAAGAUGAAAAUAAUAGUUGUAGCAUCUCAAUUUUGUACGGGUAAAUGCUAAAUUUGGUCACUGGGAUUAUUAAAUCGUGUUAUGUUCAGUCACUAGAAAAAAUUUAUAUUAAUUUUGGUCACUCGAAUUACUAAAACAGGUCACAUUUAAUCAAUCUCCUGUUAGCCUCCGUCCAACUCCGGUCACUCGAAUUACAUUUUUUUUAUUAUUAUGAAUGUCACUCGAAUUACUGAAACACGUCACAUUUAGCCACUCUCUGUUAGCCUCCGUCCAACUCCAUUAUAUUGAUAUUAAUUUUUUCUAGAGACUAAACAUGACAUGAUUUAAUAAUUCUUAGUUUAACAAAGGUCUCCAAACCAAUGUCAGAGAUAUGAACCGUUUAUUUCAGGAAAGAUUUUAUCGUCCCGUGUGAUUUUUACACGAUUCGAGUAGGACCGAUCUAUGCUACAGUACAAAAAAACGGAACAAAAGAUCACUACUUUUACCAUGUUUUAAAACAUUGAUGAUUCGAGAGGUACAAAUUGUAGCUCUAUCAUAACGUUAAAGAUACAAGUUCGGUUUGUAUCAUAAGAGAACAAUGCCUCCCCCUGUUUUCUUUCCUGGUUUAUAUUCUGUAGGGAGGUAGUUUUGCUAAUUCUGUAAACCGAAUAAGAAUCCGAACCUAACUUCCAAAGUAAACCCUUCUUCGAAUCCGCCGGUUAAUUAAAGGGAGGUCAACCAAACCAGAAUCACGGCGGCAUGACGACGGCCAUCGUAAUUAAUGCCUUGAUUUAAUGGGCCGGCGGUUGGCGUGAAACCGGCCCGACCCAUGUCAUUGAGCCAUGGAAGAACCCAAGGACUGCCGGGUACGGAUCGUUUCCCCAUAUGGGCCGGUUUGACCAUUGGGAUCUUUUAUUAAUUAGGCUGAUCUCAUGGAUCGGGUUCCUAAUUAAACCGGUCAACCCGAUUAACCGGAUGGGGCCGAUAAGAACACAUAAUUGACCCUACAUGAACCCUAAAGUGGACUCUAAUCACCCCUUAAAAUAUGGACGAAUUUUUUUUUUUUUUUUGUCUUUGCCUCUUUAACCAUACACCAGGAAUAUGUUCCAGCCAUUAGAUAUAUAGGCCACUUUAAUUAGUCCAACAUGAUUCCAAAAUUAGGUGCUACCAAUGUGGAAUUUAAACAAGAAAAAACAAAAAAUUUAAUAAGUUCAACAAUUCCAC